AUGGCGACGAUGACUAUGCAGCUGGGUGGGCUGAUGCUGGCUGUCCUGGGCUGGCUGGGCUCCAUCCUCACCUGUGCACUGCCCAUGUGGAAGGUGACGGCCUUCAUUGGCUCCAACAUCGUGGUGGCCCAGGUCUUCUGGGAAGGGCUGUGGAUGAACUGCGUGUACGAGAGCACAGGGCAGAUGCAGUGCAAGGUCUACGACUCCCUGCUGGAGCUCACCUCCGACCUGCAAGCAGCUCGUGCCUUGGUGAUCACCUCCAUCUUCGUGGCUUUCUUCGCCUUCCUCACUGCCAUGUCGGGUGCGGACUGCACCCGCUGCGUGGAUGACAAGAGCACCAAGACCAGGAUCUCCAUUGUGGCAGGCGCCAUCUUCGUCCUGGCCAGCAUCAUGCUGCUCAUCCCCGUCUCCUGGUCUGCUAACAGCAUUGUCAGCAACUUCUACAACCCCAUGGUGCCCGAGGCCCUCAAGAGAGAGCUGGGGGCUGCCCUCUACAUUGGCUGGGCCUCCAGUGCCCUCCAGCUUUUUGGUGGGGGCAUCCUGUGCUGCUCGGGACCCCCGUCCCAGCAGGACCCCUACCCCAAGCAGUACAGAGCGGUGAAAACCUGCAGCCAGAUGGGUUACCCCAUGAAGGACUAUGUGUGA